AUGACUAUCUACUACGCAAACCACAACCUCUCGCCCGAUCAGAGUGAUCAGUGGUCAAUGGCUUUCUCGUCGCUUCCUACUCCUGACUAUGAUAGCUGUCUGGGCUGGUCCAUGCUGGGACUGAGUCCUGCAACUUCUGAGCCCGUCCCAGGGCCGCAAAACGCCCAAGUAGAGUUUGCAGAUCUCUCAUCCACCGAGGCGUAUAGUCUCGACAUAACGAAGGACUACUGGGGCCCUUCUACACAUUCAUAUGGCCUUGGCACUUCUGGCUAUCACACCCCGAUGCCGAUCGGUAGUCCUGCACGUCCUAUGUAUCCAGAGCAUCAGCAGACGGGGGUGAACGAGCCUGGAAGGCCGACUACCGUGCCGCACACCGGCAUCCAGACUCCGCAGCGAAGGAUCCGAAAGCUGAGUUAUAAGCUGGGCAGUCCUAAAUCGCUCCCAGAUCACUCUAGUCCACCCCCGAUCAUGCCAAAGCCAAUGCCAAGACGACGAUCAUCGCAAGACAGCACCACAUCGCAGCAUCGACGAUCAGUCUCUUCAGACAGCAAGGAUGACGAUCCGAACAUAUGUAUGCUGCGGAAGAAGGCCCACAAUCAAGUUGAGAAGCGUUACCGCGCAAACCUGAACGCUGGGUUUAAGCAGCUGGAGGAUGUGACUAAACAAGACUGCGCAACCUCAGCGACUGACACUAAAAUGGCUAAAGGCUUGAGGCCCGGUCGCAAAGCGUUGAUUUUGCAACAUGCCUACGAACAUAUUGUGGGUCUUCAAGCCGAACUUCGGUCGUUGCAGAUGAGGCUCGGAGAAAAGUAA